GGCAUUGUGGGGCGGAGGCGGCCUUUCUCUGAGUCCAGGCGAACGGGAAAUCUUCAAGUAAAUAACGUUAUCGGGGGGGAGGAACAGUCCGUGCGGAGAAUCCAACACACCAGAACUGUGUGGAGUUGAGUCUUAAUUAUUAAAAACCGUGAUAUUACACGAACAUGGGGCAGGAGGAUCUCAUGAACACAGCCGAAGACGUGGCGGACCAGUUCUUGCGGGUAACCAAACAGUACCUGCCCCACCUGGCGCGUCUGUGUCUCAUCAGCACCUUCCUGGAAGAUGGCAUCCGCAUGUGGUUCCAGUGGAAUGAGCAGAGAGACUACAUCGAGGCUACCUGGAGCUGUGGCUACUUUCUGGCUACAUGCUUUGUGCUGCUUAACCUCGUAGGACAGCUGGGUGGUUGUGUCCUCAUCCUCAGUAGAAAUUUUGUACAGUAUGCCUGCUUUGGAUUAUUUGGCAUCAUAGCGCUACAGACUGUCGCAUACAGCAUUUUAUGGGACCUUAAAUUUUUGAUGAGAAACCUUGCCCUCGGAGGCGGUCUACUCCUGCUGCUGGCUGAGUCUCGUUCGGAAGGAAAGAGCAUGUUUGCUGGAGUCCCCUCCAUGGGAGAGAGUUCACCAAAGCAGUACAUGCAGCUGGGCGGUCGAGUACUGCUAGUGCUCAUGUUCAUGACUCUGCUACACUUUGACUCCAGCUUCUUCUCUAUCCUUCAGAACAUGGUGGGGACUGCCCUCAUCAUCCUGGUGGCCAUUGGCUUCAAAACCAAACUGGCAGCGUUGACCCUCGUCUUGUGGCUUCUGGCGAUCAAUGUCUACUUCAACGCUUUCUGGACCAUCCCCGCCUACAAGCCCAUGCAUGACUUCCUCAAGUAUGACUUCUUCCAGACCACCUCAGUCAUCGGCGGCCUGUUGUUGGUGGUGGCACUCGGGCCUGGCGGAGUGUCCAUGGAUGAGAAGAAGAAAGAGUGGUAGGCAAAGGGGCAUAAGAUAAGAGGAUUGCCCAGCACCACUAACACCCCCCACGACUGGGACACAAAGACCCUCCCUCUCCUUCAGCCCCCGCCCCCUCACCAGGGUACACAGUUUUUUGUUUUUUUGUAGCUUAUUUUUUUAUUUGGCCAAAUUCACAGACACCAUCUUAGAGGGUUUUUUUGUUUAAUAUGAAAAUGCCAGAUUUUUUCUAAACCCUUAAAAAUAAAAGCCAGUUUAUUUCAAAGUAAAACAGUUAAUGGAUGAUAAGUGGAAAUAAAGAUUUAUUUGUUGAGAGGAUGAAUGAAAAGAAUUUAUUGUAUUUUAUGGUUAAUCCAUACAUUAUUAUUGAUUGAUUUUCACAUUUUCAAAAUGAAACUGGCAAAGUGGAAAGAGUGCAGCAGUUUGGGCCCCCGUCCCCCAUGGAUGCUGAUCUUUUUCUGUCGUCGGAUCUUGGAGUGUCUGAGACUUACUCACCAUAUUGAUCUUGAGACCUUGGGCACUGAUUUGACAGCAACUCGCCUCGACUCUUCAGAUUUCAUCUCCCCUCUUAUUUUCUUUUCUCUCUAAUAACUUCCCUUUUCAGUACAUCUGUACACCUUCAAUCUCAACUGACUCUUGUUCAUGGGGAGCUGAAUCUGGGGCGGGGGGGAGGGACGUGUACAUUGUAUAGUGGUGGAUUGCAGUCGUGCUUGAUUGAAAAUUUCAACACAGUUGUUAGCUCCAGGACUUGUUAUUGGGCACUUCGUACUGUAUGUCUUUGGCCAAUGCCUAACUAGUGAACUGUAUAUGAUCGGGGAUAAUAGGGGGGGAGGCUCAGCAUUUGUGAAACACCAUAUUCUGCGAUCUAGAAAAGCAAAGAGGACUAAGCAGAGUCACUAGCCACCUGGACUUUGUCUUUGCUCAGUGUUUUUUGCCCUGUGUAAGAAAAAAAAUAUUCAGUGUAUUGAUUUUCAGAACUUUAUAUUGUAUUUUUGAUCAUUUGUUUUUUUGAUUUUGGAAGUUCAUGGCGAAGAAAUAAAAGUAUCAAAAAUAUAAAGUCACUGUCUCAUUCAAGGUC